AUGCAACUCAGCCCAUUGCAGUCGCGACUGGCGGCCUCGCUGAUUGCCUCGCUGCUGCUUCUCGUGCUCUAUUAUCUACUUUCCACCCCCAGCUUUGCCCUUGCUGUAGAGCUGAACGAAGCAUACCUACCCAUUCUGGAAACCGUUGAAGCCGACGAUGCGCUCGAACGACGCAGCGGAUUACAGCCCACUUAUGAGCCCGAGUUCUCAGCCUUUGGUCGCAGUAUUGUUGGCAGAGCUCCUGCCGGAGUGACGGCUCUUGUGAACAACAUCAAAGUAAACCGUAACGUCCCCGCGAACUCGACACAGAAUUUCGUAUUCGAAGCCAUCUCCGUCUUCGCAAACUUUUUCGACUCAGCGGCCGAUGACGCAUUCGUUCUAGAGCCGCAUGACAACGGCAAUGGCUCUGGUGGCCGAGAAGAUGGCAUCGCUACAUCGGUUGACACAUACUUGGAUCCCCAGGAGGGUGUUGGGUUACGUCCCAGACAACAAGCCCAAGGUAGAACUGUGUAUAUUUCCGCGACGACAUGCAUUCAACCGAACCGAGGAGCGAACAACACAGGCUCCGACCCCCCACAGAUCACCAUGUACAUAUCUACAUCCAAGGACAAUCAAACACCUGGGCCAUCGCAGAACGCGUCUAGUCAAAGAACGGCGGUUUUCGAAGAGGGCGCUGCGUUCAUGAAAAUAAAUGCAACAGGCGAUGUGUUUAUUGGUAUCUCGGCUCCCGCCGAGGACAAGGAAAAAUUCACUGGGGAUUGGAACUUCGAUGUCGCAGCAUCGACGGAUGACUUCUUCCACAGCUACGAUGACACUCCAUCUGAACUGCUUUGGGUCGAUAGCGACUCUAACGCCGCUCUUUUAACGACACAAAAUCUAACAGACACGCACAAUGAGACGAGGAUACAGGAAAUCAUGCAGCAAAGCCCGCCAUUCGUCAUGUUUGUAGAAAACCGAGACAAUCCUACAACGAAAGGCGUCAGGCGUUCUAUGUGCGGUCUAGAGAACUACGCUCAGAUUGCUGCGAAGAAAGGCGGCAAAUUUGGCAAUCUAGCUAGUACAGUAAUGACUACUAGAGGAGCUGGCAAUCUGCCGAAGCAGCAGUUCUUCUUUAACGGCCUCAACGCCAGUGCUUUCUAUAGUGGUAUCCUUGUCCACACUGGCAACGCGACUUUGAACAAGCGGCAAGAGGGUGGCAGUCCAGGGAGCGGAGGCCGAGUGUUCCAAGCAACGCAGUUCGAAACUAAAGAUGGUGAGAGAAUUGCAAGAUUAUUACUGACCUGCAAUUUUGCAAUGAGACGGAAUACGCCGUUCCUGCUAAUUCCAACAAGAUGA